GGCGCGGGCUCAGGUGAGCGCUCUUCGGCGGUGCUGUCUGUCUGGCUCCUAGAGCUCUGGUGCGGAAGCUGCGCGAACUGUGGGGGCUCAGGACAUUGUUAGUGGAACGUGAAUCAUGGGAGUGCUUAACAGUUCGAGUGACCUUGGGCGAGUCCCUUGUUUUGACGUUUCUCUACAGAGGUGAUGGACUAACCUCUUCGAAUAUCCCUGUACUAUUUUGGUGUUCCUGAUGCAGACAAAAACAAGUAGCAGGAAGGCAAGAUGACUUCCCUGCUCCAAGAUCGGAACAGCUGAAGAAACCACAAGACAAAAUGAGAACCACAAAGGUCUACAAACUUGUCAUCCACAAGAAGGGCUUUGGGGGCAGUGAUGAUGAGCUGGUCGUGAACCCUAAAGUCUUUCCUCACAUCAAACUUGGAGACAUUGUGGAGAUCGCUCACCCCAAUGAUGAAUACAGUCCUUUGCUUUUGCAAGUCAAGUCUCUCAAGGAAGAUUUACAGAAAGAAACUAUCAGUGUGGACCAGACUGUGACACAAGUAUUCCGGCUAAGACCUUAUCAAGAUGUCUAUGUAAACGUUGUAGACCCCAAGGAUGUGACUCUUGACCUAGUGGAAUUGACUUUUAAGGAUCAGUAUAUAGGCCGGGGGGAUAUGUGGCGACUAAAGAAAAGUUUGGUGAGCACCUGUGCCUAUAUCACCCAGAAAGUGGAAUUUGCUGGCAUCAGGGCACAGGCUGGUGAGCUGUGGGUCAAGAAUGAGAAGGUCAUGUGUGGUUACAUUAGUGAAGAGACCAGGGUGGUGUUCCGUUCUACGUCGGCUAUGGUUUACAUAUUUAUUCAGAUGAGCUGUGAAAUGUGGGAUUUUGAUAUUUAUGGGGAUCUGUACUUUGAGAAAGCUGUGAAUGGUUUCCUUGCCGACCUGUUUACUAAGUGGAAGGAGAAGAACUGUAGCCAUGAAGUGACUGUGGUUCUGUUUUCUAGAACUUUUUAUGAUGCAAAAUCUAUUGAUGAAUUUCCUGAAGUAAACCGAGCUUCAAUUCAACAAGAUCAUAAAGGGAGAUUCUACGAGGACUUUUACAAAGUGGUGGUGCAGAACGAGAGAAGGGAAGAGUGGACGUCACUCCUUGUGACCAUUAAAAAACUCUUCAUCCAGUAUCCAGUGUUGGUUCGACUGGAACAGGCAGGGGGCUUUCCUCAAGGAGACAAUUCUACCUCAGCACAAGGAAACUACCUAGAGGCCAUCAACUUGUCAUUCAAUGUGUUUGACAAGCACUACAUCAACCGAAACUUUGACCGAACUGGGCAGAUGUCCGUGGUGAUCACGCCGGGGGUGGGUGUCUUUGAAGUGGACCGCCUCCUCAUGAUCUUGACCAAGCAGCGGAUGAUCGAUAAUGGAAUUGGUGUGGACUUAGUGUGCAUGGGAGAGCAGCCAUUACAUGCUGUGCCAUUAUUCAAGCUGCACAACCGGAGUGUGCCACGGGAUUCUCGGCUGGGCGAUGACUAUAAUAUUCCUCACUGGAUAAACCACAGUUUCUACACAUCCAAAAGCCAGCUGUUUUGUAACAGUUUCACUCCAAGGAUAAAACUGGCAGGAAAGAAGUCUGCCACUGAGAAAACCAAAAAUGGCCGUGAUACAUCUCUUGGGGCUCCAAAGGAAUCGGAAAACACCCUUCCCAUCCAAGUAGAUUAUGAUGCCUACGAUGCCCAAGUAUUCCGGUUGCCUGGUCCAUCCCGGGCCCAGCGACUCGCCACCUGCAGGUCUGUGAGAGAGCAGGAGAAUCACAAUCGCAAAAGUGCCAGCUCCUGCGACGUCUCCUCCAGCCCGUCCCUGCCAAGCCGUGCACUGCCCACUGAGGAAGUGAGGAGCCAGGCUUCAGACGACAGCUCCCUGGGCAAGAGCACCAACAUCCUGAUGAUCCCUAACCCCCACCUGCACCAGUAUGAAGUCAGCAGCUCACUGGGCUACACCAGCACCCGAGAUGUCCUGGAGAGCAUGAUAGAACCACCACAGCGGGACUCUAGUGCACCUGGAAGGUUCCACGUAGGCAGUGCAGAGUCCAUGCUACAUGUUCGACCUGGAGGCUACACCCCUCAGAGAGCACUGAUUAACCCCUUCGCCCCCUCAAGAAUGCCCAUGAAGCUCACCUCCAACAGAAGGCGCUGGAUGCAUACUUUUCCUGUAGGACCAUCUGGAGAGGCCAUCCAGAUCCAUCAUCAAACCCGGCAAAACAUGGCAGAGCUGCAGGGCAGCAGGCAGCGGGACCCCACCCACUCCUCUGCAGAGCUGUUGGAGCUGGCAUAUCAUGAAGCCGCCGGAAGGCACAGCACUUCCCGCCAGCCUGGUGACAGCAUGUCCUUGAACUUCAGUGGAACGGAAGAGCUUUCUGUCAGCCUGCUUAGCAACAGCGGCACAGGUAUGAAUCCUAGGAACCAGAAUAAGGACUCUCUAGAGGAUGGUGUUUCUACCUCUCCAGACCCAAUUCUGACACUGUCUGCUCCCCCUGUAGUGCCAGGCUUCUGUUGCACAGUUGGAGUGGAUUGGAAGUCUCUUACUACUCCUGCAUGCCUUCCCCUCACCACUGACUACUUCCCGGACCGUCAGGGCCUGCAGAAUGACUACACAGAGGGCUGCUAUGAUCUCCUCCCAGAAGCAGACAUGGACAGGAGGGAUGAGGAGGGUGUUCAAAUGACAGCCCAGCAAGUGUUUGAAGAGUUCAUCUGCCAGCGUCUCAUGCAGGGUUACCAAAUCAUAGUACAGCCAAAGACCCAGAAACCCAGCACUACAGUCCCACCCCCGCUGAGCAGUAGCCCACUCUAUAGCAGAGGGCUUGUGUCCCGAAACCGCCCUGAAGAGGAGGGCCAGUAUUGGCUGAGUAUGGGCAGAACCUUCCAUAAGGUGACACUUAAGGACAAGAUGAUCACAGUGACUCGUUACCUUCCCAAGUACCCUUAUGAAUCUGCCCAGAUCCAUUACACCUACAGCCUCUGCCCUUCCCACUCUGACUCAGAGUUUGUCUCCUGUUGGGUGGAAUUCUGCCACGAACGGCUAGAGGAAUACAAGUGGAAUUACUUAGAUCAGUACAUUUGUUCUGCCGGCUCUGAAGAUUUCAGCUUAAUCGAGUCUCUGAAGUUCUGGAGAACCCGAUUUCUACUACUGCCAGCCUGUGUCACUGCCACCAAGCGCAUCACAGAAGGGGAAGUGCACUGUGACAUCUAUGGGGACAAACCCCGUGCAGAUGAAGACGAGUGGCAGCUUCUAGAUGGCUUUAUUCGCUUUGUAGAGGGCUUGAACCGCAUCCGCAGGCGCCACCGCUCAGACCGCAUGAUUCGGAAAGGGACUGCCAUGAAAGGCUUGCAGAUGACCGGGCCCAUCUCGGCACACUCUCUCGAGUCAACGGGCCCCCCAGUCGGGAAGAAAGGAACCUCAGCUCUGUCUGCCCUGCUGGAGAUGGAGGCUAGUCAGAAGAGCCUAGGAGAACAGCAGACAAGUGUGCAUGGGAAAAGCUCUACUCAGCCAGCUGAGAACAGCAGUGUUGCCAUGACUCCCACCUAUGUGGACAGCCCACGCAAGGACGGGGCCUUCUUUAUGGAGUUUGUCCGCAGCCCACGCACAGCAUCAUCUGCCUUCUACCCUCAGGCAUCUGUGGACCAAACAGCUUCUCUGGUGUUGGACAGCACCAGUUUAGGGGUCAGCACGUGCCAGUCCAUGGAUAGAGGCAAUAACCAGACCUUUGGGAACUCCCAGAACAUAGAACAGGCCUUUCCCUCUACAGGCUCUGGAGACUGCAGCUCUCAGCAGCACAUAGCCAGCUCUCUGACAUCGUCCUCUACCCUGGUGGAGAUCCUGGAAGCCAUGAAGCAUCCCUCGACGGGAGUCCAGCUGCUGUCUGAGCAGAAGGGCCUUUCGCCGUGCUGCUUCAUCAGUGCGGAGGUCGUACACUGGCUGAUGAACAAUGUGGAGGGGGUCCAGACGCAGGCGAUGGGCAUCGACAUCAUGCAGAAAAUGCUGGAAGAGCAGCUCAUAGCGCAUGCGUCUGGAGAAGCAUGGCGAACCUUCGUCUACGGCUUCUAUUUCUACAAGAUAGUCACGGACAGAGAGCCCGAACGAGUGGCUAUGCAGCAGCCCUCUGCCCCGUGGCACACAGCAGGAGUGGAUGACUUUGCCAGCUUCCAACGCAAGUGGUUUGAGGUGGCCUUUGUGGCAGAAGAGCUUGUGCACUCCGAGAUUCCUGCCUUCCUCCUGCCCUGGCUACCUAGCCGGCCAGCCUCUUACGCAAGCAGGCACAGCUCCUUUAGCCGAAGUUUUGGAGGACGGAGCCAGGCAGCCGCACUGUUAGCUGCCACUGUCCCAGAGCAGAGGACUGUGACCCUGGAUGUUGAUGUGAACAACCGAACGGACCGGCUGGAGUGGUGCAGCUGUUACUACCACGGAAACUUCUCUCUCAACGCAGCCUUUGAAAUCAAGCUACACUGGAUGGCAGUGACUGCCACAGUGCUGUUUGAGAUGGUCCAAGGUUGGCAUCGAAAAGCUACCUCCUGCGGCUUCUUGUUAGUCCCGGUUUUGGAGGGUCCUUUUGCACUGCCCAGUUACCUGUACGGCGACCCCCUGAGAGCCCAGCUCUUCAUCCCGCUCAACCUCGGCUGCUUGCUCAAGGAGGGCAGCGAGCACCUGUUCGAUAGCUUUGAACCAGAGACAUAUUGGGAUCGAAUGCACCUUUUCCAGGAAGCCAUUGCACACAGGUUUGGAUUUGUGCAAGAUAAAUAUUCUGCCUCCGCGUUUAACUUCCCUGCUGAGAAUAAACCACAGUAUAUCCACGUCACAGGAACAGUGUUUCUUCAGCUGCCCUACUCCAAACGCAAGUUUUCUGGGCAGCAGCGGCGGCGACGGAACUCUACCAGCUCCACCAACCAAAACAUGUUCUGUGAGGAGCGGGUUGGCUACAACUGGGCCUACAACACCAUGCUGACCAAGACAUGGCGCUCUAGUGCCACGGGGGAUGAGAAGUUUGCCGAUCGGCUGCUGAAGGACUUCACAGAUUUCUGCAUCAACCGUGACAACCGCCUGGUCACAUUCUGGACAAACUGCCUGGAGAAGAUGCACGCCAGUGCUCCUUGACGCCAGGCUGCUCCAUUAGGAGAGGCUGUGGGUAUCCUGGAGCUGGCCGUCCAGCUAGGCUCUGGGCAUCAGGUGUCAGGCUGCUCCUGUCAGCGAGUAGGGCCACUGCUGAUAUUCGGCCUCUUGCACAAGUGUGAGUGAGGAGAAAGACUGGAAGCAGCUGCUGUUGCUACCACCACCCAGAUCUCGCCAUCACGUGCCCGCGGCAGGGGGAGGCACAGAUUGUCCGUGGGAGGGAGUCAGUGUCUGGGAAUGGGGUAGGCAGCUUCCAUUAAGGUCCUUUUUCCUCACCAGCAGUGGGAUAUUUGGAACAGAAAGAACCUCCUGCUUUCUGCCCAAGAAUGUGUGUGUAUAGGAUAAUUCUGUGACAUAGUGUACCAUUGCCUCAUACCAGCUGUACAUAUGUGUACAUAGCAGAAGUGAAUAAAGCCCCCCCCCCACAGUGUC